UUGAAAAGGAGAGUAGUUUGUGUUUAUAGAUGGAUGACACGAACGUGUAUGAGUGAAUAGAAGCAUGCUUUGAGUUGAUGAAAUACAUGCAUGUAUGACACAGACAUGUACAUAUAACUUUUAUAUACGCGAAUACCGUCACAGUGAAUAUUCGCUGAAAGACCUUUUAUUUCGCCAUUUGAAUGUGGCCAAUUAGUGGGUUACGACUGUGGAAGAUAUUAAUAUUCGGAUAUAAUUGGCAAGUGCAAGUAAUGGAAAAUGAAAAUGUCUAGCUUUGUCAGAAGUCGGAGUGGGUCUGCUAUUGGAAAUAACAGGAAUCCAACGAGGCUGUAUUGAUUUCUUCUGAACAAACGAACGUGUCACCACUAGCAAACAUAUGAAUGCUAAUCGAGGUGUCUCCGGCACUGCCUAUAAUGGAAUUCAACAACCUCUAACAAGUGGCAUCUGUAUAGUGUGCAUUUUUGUCUUUGGAUUCCAUGGAGAUUAUUACACCGUAUAGGCAUAAAGGUUGUUCGAGUUAAUGUGCACGAACCUAUUUGACGGAACUAAACUGUGCGUCGUUGCAUAUUUGUCAAUUUAAGCUUGUGCUGUAAUUACUGGAACAGUUCUUGAACAAUGUCAUUAAGGCGGAGCAAUGUUCGAUUAUCGAUCUUCGCUGGGUUUUACGGCCUCUAUCUCGUAAUAGGGGCCUCCAUUUUCUCGGCCAUCGAGGGACCACAAGAGCGCGAAUUGGUCAAGCAACUUCGCCAGUUUAGAGAUGACUUCUUGCAGGAACACAAAAGUUGCAUUUCAGACGGCGAAUUGGAAGUUCUGAUCCAGAAGGUUGUCCAGGCGACGAACCACGGGAUCUCGGCAGUAAGGAACGUGACCAUCUCAAACCCUAAUUGGAGUUUCGGCCAGUCCCUCUUUUUCGCCGGUACCGUCAUAACAACCAUAGGCUAUGGUCGAGUUACACCACUAUCAGAGGUGGGAAAGGGCUUCUGUAUCAUCUACGCCAUUAUCGGUAUCCCCCUAACACUUGUAAUGUUCACGGCCAUUGUUGAACGUCUAAUGAUCCCGAUCGGCUGGUUUCUGCAAUGGAUGAUGCGAAAGCUGGGCCACAUUUACAAAGUGUUCCACAUAAAACUCUUGCACAUUUCAUUAAUUCUAAUUUUUCUGGUGGUGUUCUUCUACCUCAUACCCGCCGCCAUUUACUUGUCGUUGGAACCGAAAUGGAACUACUUAGACGCAUUUUAUUACUGCUUUAUAUCUUUAACUACGAUUGGAUUAGGGGAUUACAUUCCGGGAGAUUCACCAGACCAGGCAUUGCGUCCACUUUAUAAGCUCGCUACGACCUGUUACUUAUUCCUCGGUCUGAUCAUGAUGAUGGUCCUCCUGGCGGCCAUCUAUGACGUCCCGGAACUAAACCUUGGCUUCCACCUUUAUCUCAAGAGCGACGAGGUGGAUGGCGAGCGCGUACGACUCAACAAAGCGGCCGGGAAUUCCACUUCCACCCAGCGCUACACGCAACACGUGGAUGAGGACGAGGGUGCUACAGAAGUGACAGGCGCUUCCUCCCAGUAUUCCGGGAUACACAGCUUCCCCCGCCCCCAGGCUACCUUAACAGACACUACGGAGUCACAAUAGUCUUUCAAACAAAGACUUUUGCAUAUAUUUGUAUUAUCUAUGAUACACGAACACUUAUCCAAGAAAAUACAACUAGUUAUGUUUGUUUGCUUCCUACAUGAGGCAUAUAGUCAUCACAUUUUCCGUCUGUCUGUCCGUCCGAUCGUGUCUCAGCUCUGAAUUUAUUUAUUAUAAUAGAUGUUUAAAUGCAAUUCCACCGAAUAAUUUGCUUAACUCCACCUAUAAAGCGUUGUGAACUGAGGUUGUGAAGGGGGAAAGCUCAUGAUUAUACAAAUGUAUGAAGUUCAGCACAGAUGGGGAUAAUUUAGGUGUUGGUAUUGUAGUUCAUGUAUCUUUAUUUACUAGUAAUCAGUGAUUGUCAGUUGAUUUAUUAGCUACCGUUUUUUGGUACGUAUUAAUUAUAUGUUUUGCUAAAUGUGUAUUAAAGCAUUUACAUAAUGUAAUUGUAAUUAUUGAUUUGAAGUCUGUACAUGCUGUGGCAAUACAACCGUUGCUAAACUGACCCGAUCUAGACGAAACUUGCGCGUGUACUGUCGCACUAUAGUUGUCCAUGCUGCUGUCUUCAUGUAAGUUUCAAUUACUACCAUCGAGCAUAAAACGGAAACAGUGAAGCAUUUUUUCCUGAAUAAUGUUAGUGAGACGAUGUAGAACCUUCGCACUCAAGUUUUGCGCGUCUCCUGACAACCCUGAACCUCAUAUUUUGCGACUGACCUUUGGCCUUUGUUCUAAACAUAUCGAACGAGCACGUAAUGUAACUCAUUUACCCUUGCCCCAAUUUCUCGACAGUCUUUAAGCGUAACGGGAGUAAGUGGUUAAUUUCAUGAAGCCAUUAAACCAAAUAUCUUAAUUAAUCUUUAUUUUACUAAAUAAUAAAAAAUAUCGUGAUUUCUUUUUCAUGUCCAAAGAACUCACAAGAAUGGAAAAAUGCACAAGUUAUACCGAAACAAAAAUAAUGAGCAUAGUUUUAUUCUGUUUUAGGGGACUGUUUCAAAUGUUUCGAGAAAAUGGAAUACUCUAUUUAUGUGACCUUGACCUUUUACCGCCGUGGUUCCAACAUGGACGUCGAGUUG